AUGAUGAUGCAGUGCAUAAGUGAAAAUUUCACCCGGUCCACCCAUACCAUCACGGUGAAGACCGCCAUACCGCGCCAAAUGCUUCCGAUGAAGAAGCUGAACAUACGCAACGCGGAGUGGACGUUCUGUAGCUCGUUCCACCGGGGCGAGGUCUCGAUUGCGCUCAUGCUGGACUACUACAAGGAGAAGUGGUCCGGCUUGUGGGCUGGUCUGCACGGUGAAAUCGUGAACAACAACGGUUACGUGAUGAGCAACAUGACGAAGAUGUACUUCAUACAGCCGGGAGAGGCCCUGUACCUCAAGAUGCGUCUGUUCCCGGAAACGUACUACAAGCGCCGAUCCUCGAAUGACCGUGGACAUCUGCCGAAGGGUUGCUUUCAUGUGCGCGUAACUACCACGCUGGCGUACAGAUUUUCCAGUACGCACUUGGAAAAUUUCCUCGCAAACAACAAAACCAUACUGCAAUCCGUACAAUGGCCAAUGCUCGGGGAACGCGUCGUGUCGUGGGAACCCGACUGCACGAUCGCGUUCCGUGACGGGAAGGAGUAUUACGUGAACAGGGCGGCACUGCUGGAAACGCUGGAUCCCCGGUCGCCGUUUCACGAUUGGAACAACCGCUUUCCCGAAAGACAGGUGUUCUGUCCGGAUAUGGUUUCCCCUGAAAUUGGGCAGACGAUGUCGCUUUUCGUUCAGCUCUCAUGCACCAACUACAUACCUUGGCGGAAUAUUGAAUUUCCGGUACUGAUCGAGUUGCUGAAGUUGGCAACAUACUUCCAGUACGACAGGCUGCAGAAGCUGUGCGGGGUGCAGCUAAUCCAUAUGUUACUGGACGGCACGGUCACCAUGAGCAUGUUGUGGCGACUGGCCCAGUUGGAGUUGUCCUUCAUCAACCAGAUCAUCAAUUGCUACCAGGUGACGAACAUGGUUCGACCGGAGAUUGGUAGCCUAUCUUCAAUCGAGCAGGAUGCCACCUAA